CGGGCGGAGAGCGGAGGGGCGGCCCCACAUUGCGAUCGCUGCUUCGUUCCCGGCGCAUCCCCGCUCCGGUAAGCGUGGAACCGAACCGAGCCGAACCGAGCCGGGCAAGGCACUUCACCCAGUGAAGAGGGGACCAUCAGCAUGGCCAACUUCACAGCUGGGAGGAACUCGUGCACCUUCCACGAGGAAUUCAAGCAGGUCCUGCUGCCCCUGGUCUACUCAGUGGUGUUCCUACUGGGGCUGCCACUCAACGCCGUUGUCAUUGGGCAGAUCUGGCUGGCCCGCAAGGCGUUGACCCGCACCACCAUCUACAUGCUGAACCUGGCCACAGCCGACCUGCUCUACGUCUGCUCCCUCCCUCUCCUCAUCUACAACUACACCCAGAAGGAUUACUGGCCCUUCGGGGACUUCACCUGCAAAUUCGUCCGCUUCCAGUUCUACACCAACCUGCAUGGCAGCAUCCUCUUCCUCACCUGCAUCAGCGUCCAGCGCUACAUGGGGAUCUGCCACCCCUUGGCCUCGUGGCACAAGAAGAAAGGAAAGAAGCUGACGUGGCUGGUGUGUGCUGCGGUGUGGUUCAUCGUCAUCGCCCAGUGCCUGCCCACCUUCGUCUUCGCCUCCACCGGCACGCAGAGGAAUCGCACUGUCUGCUACGACCUGAGCCCUCCGGACCGCUCCUCAUCCUACUUCCCCUAUGGCAUCACGUUGACCAUCACCGGUUUCCUGCUGCCCUUUGCAGCCAUCCUGGCCUGCUACUGCAGCAUGGCCCGCAUCCUGUGCCAGAAAGAUGAGCUGAUCGGCUUGGCGGUGCACAAGAAGAAGGACAAGGCCGUGCGCAUGAUCAUCAUCGUCGUCAUCGUCUUCUCCAUCAGCUUCUUCCCCUUCCACCUCACCAAGACCAUCUACCUGAUCGUCCGCUCCUCACCCACCUUGCCCUGCCCGACCCUGCAGGCUUUUGCCAUUGCCUACAAGUGCACGCGGCCCUUCGCCAGCAUGAACAGCGUCCUCGACCCCAUCCUCUUCUACUUCACCCAACGCAAGUUUCGUGAGAGCACCCGCUAUCUCCUGGACAAGAUGAGCUCCAAGUGGCGGCACGACCACUGCAUCACCUAUGGCUCCUAGGUGGACGAGGCCCCACCGGGGGCUGGGCAUGGAGCAAUUUGGGUUGAAGCUGCAUGGUGAGGAGAUGGGGAUGCGCCCAGAGAGCUGUGGGUGCCCAAUCCCUGGAGCUGUUCGAGACCAGGCUGGAUGGGGCUCUGGGCCCUCAUGGGUUGGAAAUAGAUGAUCUUAGAGGUCUCUUCCAACCCAAGCCAUCCCAUCAUUCUACCAUCUCCAGACUGACUUCCAUCCCGUCUCCAGCCCACAGCAGUGUGGAGAGCAUCCCAGCACAGAGCCCACGUGGUGUCUGUUGGCUCUCACCAAUUACACAAUGCCAUCCUGGUUUUAGCUGCUUCGUGCCAAGUUUUGGUGGAGGCUGAGGCACCAACACAGAAAAUGUUACCGGUGGGACCAGUGUUCAAAGCUUCUCCUCAUCUUAUGGGCCUGUACCAUCCCUGGGAAGGAUUUUUUGGGGGCUGGGAAAUGUGGCUCUGUGUUUUUCCCCAGUGAAACUGUGGAGCAGUUCAGGGGUCCCAAAUACCAAUAGAACUUCCAUGUCUCCAGGAGAGGAAAAGUUCAACGUCACGGACAUUUCAGUGGUAACUCUGGCAUAACCCAAAAUGGGACUGGACCAACAAGAGAUGUGGGCCCAGUGGUGCAAGAGAGCACCACUAGGAACUGGGAAGGGGGACUGAAGGGAACUGGGACACCAAUGCCACAAUUCCCACCCAGGCGAUGGCCACGGGCUGAUAGGCACAUGCCAGCAUCACUGUCCUUGGACUCUCAGCAUCCUCUGCCACCCCUGUCUCCCAGAACCCCACAUCUGAUGUGCGUUCUGCAGGGUGACAGUGCUGAGCCAGUGAAUCAAAGCACUGUGGUUUGCACGGGACAUCAUCCAGAGGAGGCUGAGCCAUCGCCACCAGGACGCUGGGCACUGUGGAUGUACCUCUCACUGCUUUGAUGUCUUUAACAUCCAGGAUGACGUAUAGAAUAAACCCGCCCUCCUUUUUCCUGUGUGUACCCAACAAUGUACAGGUGCCAUAUGUACCCAUAUAUACAUCAGCCAAGCAGAGGAAGGUCGUAGCACUGCUCAGAUACGCUCCACUCAAAAUACACCUCGAAUAUCCACACCACGUUA